GUACAUAUAGAGUAGGCGUGGCCUACACACAUGCUUGGGUCUAGGUUCUGGUGUAGUCACAAGUUUGCUGAGGGUGACGAUCAUUUAUCACACAGUCAUACUCAUCAAAACAAGAUGUGUGAGUGGGUAGAGGAGUCGGAUUCAGACGGAAAUUGUUUGAAAACCAAAAAAUACAACGGCAAGUACUACGCCAGUAUUGUACCUGGGAAUGUGAGUGACCACUUGGAGAGGCUACAAACCAUGGAAGUCCGGGAUGAUGACACGUUUGUCCUCUCCUACCCAAAGUCAGGUACACACUGGGUGUUCACUAUUGCCAGUAUGCUCCGUACAGGGCAAUCCAAAUAUAUGGGAUCGCCCUACUUCUUGGACUAUAACGAAGUGGAUUAUCUGGACAAGUUACCAUCACCGAGAGUUUUUGGAUCUCAUCUCACCUUCGAUGAACUACCUCGGCAAGUCCGUGAGGGAAAAGGCAAAGUGUUGAUGAUAACUAGAAAUCCAAAAGAUGUCGCGGUCUCUUAUCAUCUAUUCAUGACGAAAUUGAACGCUCCUGAUUAUAAAGGCUCCUGGGAGGGAUUUCUCAAGUUCUAUACUGAGGGCAGAAUGCUUUAUGGCUCCUGGUUUGAAGCGUUUUUCGACUGGGAGAACACCAAAGCCAAGUACAAGGGAGAUAAUGUUCUCUACUUGAUGUACGAAGAUAUGAAACAGAAUCUCCUUGUCAACGUCAUCAAGAUGGCGGCGUUUCUUGGUGAAACAAGAGACAAUUUAUUCCUUGAGGAAGUAACAGAGAGAUGUACAUUUCAAACAAUGUUUAAAACGGUCAUGAGCGAAAUCAAACCAUCAGAUCAAGACUACAUACAUCAAAUGUCGGACAACAAAAAGUUGCCAAUAUAUCGAAAAGGAGAGGUUGGUGAUUGGAAGAAUCAUUUUACUGUAGCCCAAAACGAAUUUUUCGAUAGAAUAUACGAGGAGAAAAUGAAGGACACGAAGUGUACUUUCCGGUUUGAAUAGGAGUCAAUCAUGCUUGAUUUAAAUUAAAAAGAAAAAGAAGAAAAAAAUCGAUCUGAGACUUUGAUGUAAUGUAUAAUUAAUGGUUCCAACGACCAAAGUAAUGUACUUUAUAUCUUCCAUUUAAACAUUCGUAGUUUUAGAAAUAAGCUAUCGCAAGUUGAAAA